ACAUUUAGCAUCGAUAACCAAAUUGAUCGAAUGCAGUGACGUUUAACACAAUUUCGUCGCAGAAGCAGCUAUGCCAAUAUCGCGGCCAUAGUUUGAUUAGAAUGAUAAACCAAUGGCAUCUCCAGCUGCAAAUCUUAACUCGCACAGUUUCACGUUUGCGAUCACCUUAUCAAAAAUGUAGAUGCGAUCGACGAAUCACCGCCGCUGCUUCGACGAUGCCAGCACGAGGGGAAAUCGAGUGACCGUUUAAAAGGAAGAAGACGGAGGAGAAACGGAGGGCGGAAGCAAAAAGGAAGCCGACAAGAGAGCGAGGGGGAGAGAGAGGGAGAGGAGAGAAGAAAAAUAUAGAAGGAGAUAUUGAAUUCUCCGAAGCGGUGUGAAAAGUCCACAGGCAGCCGCCGAUGUCUUCUUGAAUCGGGUGGCAAUUUUUAUCUCUUCUCAACGAACGAUCGUCACGGAAAUGGCUGAUAACGAAAGAAUCAGACUGGUGGUGUUGGGUGGCGCCGGUGUUGGGAAAAGCGCGAUCAUACGUCGUUUACUCGGACAAGGGUUCAGCGAGAAGUAUAGGCCUACCGUCGAAGACCUCUAUUCGAGAGAAUGCGUCCUCGGUACGCUCACCCUCAAAGUCGAUCUCUUGGAUACCGCUGGUGAUCUACAAUUCCCGGCUAUGAGAAGGCUGAGCAUAGCCACGGCACACGCUUUCCUUCUCGUUUAUGCGACGACAUCGUUGCCCAGCUUCGAGUGCGUGAAACGAUGCUUCGAAGAAGUCAGGGAGCAACGACCAGAUUUUCAGGAGGUGCCGAUAGUCAUCGCUGGUAACAAAUUGGACCUCGCAGCGACGCGUAGAGAAGUGCCGAUCGAAGACGUCAGCGAAUGGUUGUUCUGCGAAUUACCCAAGCUUCGUGCCAAAGUAAUGGAAUGCUCGGCCAAAGACGACUACAAUAUCAAAGAGAUUUUCCGUUGUUUCGUCACCUUGUCCAGGAUCAUGCCGAAAAAUCCUACAGGCGAGCCAGACGAGUCGGGCCUUCGACGAAGAUGUUCGGCGUACGGAUCGCGCAGAGGCGAUCGAAUCGGUAGGUCCGGCAGUCCUCACGGAAGAACCGGAAGCGCCGGCCCUGGCGGAAAUUCUCAGCAGGUUGUUGCAGCGCAAAGUUCCAACGUCGUCGUCGUCGUCGGCGAGGAAGGCAAAGGUAAACCACGCAGUCGUAGCCUGAUCCGUCGUGCUUCGCGAAAAACCAAACAACAGAUCAGAGACACUCACACCGACGACUGCAAUAUCUCGUAAUUUACUUCUUCCCAUUUCCCUCCUUCUGUCUCUCUCACUCUCUUCCACCUUCCAUCUAUCUAUCUAUACAUAUAUUUGUGUCUUAUCAUAAGAUUCACCAACAACGGAAAUAUCACCCUCGAUCGAUUCCAACUCCUUCCAUAACAUACUUGGAGAGUAUGGUAACGCGCUAAGCGGACAGCACUAAUCUAUUGCAAUACGCGAAAGUAUCACGUUCUCGUGUAUGAGAUCUUAUUCUAUACGAA